UUCCUUGUCGAGGCUUACAACAAUCUUAUAGGAUAUAUCAAAGCUAAGAUCCUACUGAAUAAGUCCUCUAAGUCCGUUAAGUCCUUUAUCUUGCAAUACAUCCUUUUUGUAGUUGUCAAUAGAGGCUCUAAGUUCAAGGGCGAAGUUAAAGAGAUCCUUUGCAAAUUAGAUAUUAAGAGAGUUAUUAUCUCACUAUAUAAUUUGUAUACAAAUAGUGUAAAUAAGGCUAGCUAUAUCCCAAUUGCCAUCUUGUUUACAAAGAUAACUAAUAGUAUAGGAAAGAGGUGGAGGGAGCUCCUUCUAUAUAUUUUAUAUAUAGAUUAUACAACUAUUAAAGGCUCUUAUAAGAUAUCUCCCUUCUUUCUUAUCUACAAUUAUAAGCCUAUUAGUCUAGUUGAGUUUAAUGUUCCUAUAUAG